UGGAAACAUUGUCCUUCGCGCACAGUUCAGCGAGACCGGGCAAAUGGCGCACUUCAAAGUGCAUAAAAGCAUACUGUGCAUGUACUCGGAUAUUUUCCGCGACAUGUUUGGGGUGCCAACGCCGGCAGACAUGGAUAUGCAUGACGGUGUACCAAUGGUCACUCUCCCUGACGACGCACGAGACGUGAAGUCUUUCCUAACCUGCCUAUAUACUCCUACGCUAGACAGGAAGAUAUCGGCUGAGGGUGUUGACGUAUUGUCCCCAUAUUGGAGAGGACUCUUGGACAUGGCCACGAAGUACUUCGUUGAGCCCAUCCGGGAAUUUAUCAUCCGUGGGCUCGAGCAUCAAUAUCCGACGAACUUGGAAGCUUGGUGCAAGCUGGACGAGAAGAGACAAGCGUUGUGCACUCUCUGGGCUAACCACUGCUCUCUCGACCUAGACGAAUGCUACGAUAGCAUGGUCCCGGACCCAGCCACUGCCAUACGUUUCGCAAAAGAGUUCAAUAUCCCGUCCAUUCUCCCGGCUGCAUUCUACGACUUGUCGACGAUCGACCCUGAACUCGAUUGGACGACCGUUCGGGCUGAAACUAUCCUGAAACCCGGGCACACUGGUGGGCAUCCUUACUCUGACGAGACGCUCGACGAGGAUCCUCUCUUUAGGGGAGAACGCACCGCAAGAUGGGAUACACUGGACCAGGCAGACUUCAGGCGUCUCAUGUCUGGUUGUGAGAAGCUGGGCUUUCUCGACAUACAGAACAUGAUUGUGGACGCGGCUCCACGGGGCUCCUGUCACAACUUCCGCAAUCCCGAGCAGUGUCAAGCCGCUAGGGUUGCCGGGGCGCGGGCGUGUCAGGCGUACCAACUAGACGGGACACUCCGAUUCCUUCGUAUGCUGGAGCGCUACGACCCCGAGGUAAAGGCCGAGUUGUUCCCGAAUCUCUGCGACUUCUGUAUGGGGAACAUCCGGCUCGCUGCCUCUCGGAAAAUCAAAGAGGUUUGGGUGGAACUACCUUCUGUCUUUCGGUUAGGUGAUGAGCUCUCGGAGUGGGGUUCUGUCGAGAGGAAGGUCCUUGUGGAUCUUGUUUAUUAGGUGUUACCGCAUGCUGUGCGGAUCAGGCAUCCCUUACAUCCAAAACUCAUGCACGGAAUUGCCAAGGUCUGCAUGCAUCAUCGAUAUAUUCUGCGUCAUUCAAUCCUGCGCAGGUUCACCGACCCUUCUCGAAACCCGUGGUCUAUGCGCACGCGCGUUCACCGACGCGUCUGACCUAUACCUCUACUACUUUUAGUCUUCUCCAUAAUUCGAAACUUAAACC